GUAAGCAAGUUGUUUCCCCACGGUUAGAGAAACCAGAUGCACUGAUGACCAACGUGACCUUCCAUGGAAGCAUGAGCACAACGGGACACAGUGCAUCAUAUUAGCGGUGAAUCUUUUGAGUUUUCUUUAUGUACUAUUACACAACUGCUUGCACCCAAGUCUUACACACGAGGUCACCACACCAAACUAAAGUUGGAUGUACAAGUUUCUAAAUCAAAGAUAACUAGCUUCUUUGCUAGCAGUAGAAGUCGGAACCAAUUUGCUGCCUACCUUUACUUCACAGGCUGUUAAUCACGUACAUGUUCAGUCAUGAGCAUGAGAUUCGCGAAGUUAUCUCUGCUGAAUGAAUUGCGACAGUGUUGUCAUUCUUUGCCUCCAAGAUUAGUUUUAAAGAAAAGGUAUCUGUCGCCAUCUGCAAACUUCGCGUCUUCACUCAACCACCUCCAAAACCCUACACGGUCUCUCAGCACAAGUUGGCCGAAGUGGAAAGAUGUGCAUCAGCCCAAAGACGAAGAAAAAGAGAAGUUGGACUUGGACAUCUGGAAAUCCGUAAUGAGGUCUCAGGUGGCAGAAGAAGAGACGUCAAGGACCAGUGACGAUGAUACCGUCCAAGGAGAGGCCAGGGAGAUGAGCCAGGAUCCCCCACUGGAAGCUACCCGUGAAAUGGUGGAGAUGUGGCGUCAGGCAGGAAAGAAAGUGCCAGAGGACAUUACGAACGAACAGCUAGAGAUUGUAGCUGAUCUCACCUCCAAGUCUGCAAAGAAAAAGUACUUAAAAUUCCUGUCCAUCAAAGAAGGUUACAAGAAGGCCAACAAGGAGAAACAAGAAAAGAAGAAGAUGGAGUGGUUGGCCAAAAAGGAGGAGAUGAGCAAAGAAGAGGGUGAUGAUGAAGAAGGCAGCAGCAAGCUAAAGAACACUUUUAUUCUCCACUACUGGCAGCGGUCUCUUGACCGACUAAUUGGCUGGCAGGGUGCGCAGGCUAUGCGGUUUGGCCAGCCGCUGGUGUUUGACAUGAGCUAUGAACCGCAGAUGACACGGCGUGAGAUAGAAAACACAAUCAACCAACUAUUGGAGACUGAAGGCUGUAACCGACGUUCUGUAGAACCAUUUCACUUGCACUUCUGCAACCUCAAUCCCGAAGGUGCCUACCACAAGGAACUACUCAAACGCUACAGUACUGAAGCAUGGGAGAACCUCCUAAUUACCACCUCCCCCCAGCAACACAUUGACAUGUUCCCUCGUGAACAGCUGGUGUACUUGACAGCUGAUUCGCCCAACGUGCUCCGCACCUUUGAUCACAACAAGGUGUACAUCAUCGGGGCCUUGGUGGACCGCUCUAACCUGCCCGGAGUCUCUUUGGCCAAUGCCAAGCGUCUGAAGCUGACCACUGCGCGUUUGCCACUGGAUGAGCAUUUGCACUGGGAAUGUGGUACCAAGAACCUGAGCUUAGAUCGGAUAUUCCGCAUUCUGAUGGCCGUCAAGGAGACCGGAAGUUGGAUGGAGGCCUUGAAGUUUGUGCCCCAGAGGAAGCACGCCGGCUUCUACUCUGCCAAGAAGGGCAGUACUGACUUCAAGGGUGCAGAGGGGAGAGACACAAUACAGGCAAAUAGAGAGUUAAAAAACUUGUUCAUCAGCAAACAACGCUCUAAAGGUAGAGCGGAAGGUAAAGCUCCUCUUCAGAGCCCAAUAAUAAAUGUACUGAAAAGUAAGGGGGCUGCACGCUCUGACACUCAGAAGGCCAGAAAGAACUGGUGGGAAGAGUAACCAUUGAAUGGUAUUGCUAUCAGGAACUUGUGUACAAGUGUCAUCCAUAUACUUACACAAAAACAAAGCAAUGCACUGGAACUAAGAUCUCAACCCAUGGACCUUCAUAAGUCAUCAUCGAUGUUAAAUCACUUUGUUAGGAUAUCAGUCAUCUGGAUAUUAUUGUGUGGGGAAAUCUUGAUUGAUUUCUGAAAACCUCAUGGAAAGGGUGGGACAUUGUCUAUGCUAUUAGUGCUGCACUAACUAAAAUGUUUAUGCCAACAUUCAAGAAAUGUGUUAGACCAGUGAAAGCCCAUUAAAAGGAUAUUGCUGA